AGGGAGUAAAGACAGUAAACUCGGAAAAGGGAAGUAGGGGAGGGGGAAGACAGACGGCAAUGGAGGCGAGGGUUGCAGGAGUGCCCGAAGACGAGGAGUCCGGCCUCCUCCCUCGCCAGUCCGCCGCCGGCCGCCGGCCGUCCUCCCGCGGCCCCCGCUUCCCGCCUCCACCGGCGGUCUGGGCGACGGUGGACGGCCCCCUCGGGCUGCCGCUGGAGGAGGCGGAGGGCCACGCUAGGCGCUUCUUCCUGUGGGGUUUCGCGUGCCUCCCCUUCCUCUGGGCCAUCAACUGCUGCCACUUCUGGCCCGUCCUCCGUUCGCCGGCCGCAUCCUCGCCCGCCGCCUUCGGCCCCAUCCGCCCCUAUGUUGUGCGAUCAGCGAUUGGCUUUACCAUAUUUUCUUUUGUUCUGAUCACUUGGGCCACGACUUUUAUUGUUGGAGGUGAGCGAUUGUUUGGACCAGCGUGGAAUGAUCUAGUAAUGUACAAUGUCGCUGACAAGCUUGGCCUUUCUGGAUUCAUGGGAUAACUUCCAAUGGCUCCAACCAUUUGAUUGGUUGUGCUCCAACCAUUUGAUUGGUUGUACUCCAACUGUGAUUUUCUCUGGAGAGAAUUGUUUCAUCUUGGUGGACUUGGUACUAUUUGCUGUACUCUAAUAUCAAUGACUGGUUAGACUGAAGGUGUGUGGGUUGUGUUGUAGAAAGAAGGGAUGGAUGAUGCGUGUUGUAGAGGUUAUGUCACCAUAGAUAUGCGUUCUGCGAUAUGAUGUUGCACUGUGUUUUAUAUGUCCAGCUGUUGCUGGAACUGGAAUGGAUCAGGUUGUUUUCCCUCUUUUGAAAUUGUAUACUAACAUCAGUGCAUUAACUGUACAUUAAUUACACCUUGA